AUGACAUUACCUAAUGUUGGUCGUGAAGGAGCCACAUUUCUCAGUCAUAUUAUUGAGAACUAUGAUACACUUGCUACUCAUACACUUUUUUCACAAGCAGGUGUCGAAGGUAUUACUGGAACAGGACUGGAAAAUUGGUUUAUGUCACGCCUGGUAAAACAGUUCAAUGCGUCAGUUGGAUUUAUGCCACUUGUAGUUACGAAUAUGGUUGCUACUUAUAAUUGUGGUAAAGGUCCAUAUGGAGAUUUUCUACGGUUAACAGAGCUCUGGGGAAUAUUGCAGAGUACACUAUGCCCACCAGGUGGACAAGCUGUAAGUAAAUUUAAAUCUAAUAAGCAUUGA